AUGGCGAGUGUUGUCAGGAAGCUGGCAGUCACCUCCUCAUUCAGCAACCUCUCCAUCCACCUGCCUUUGAAUGAGGACAAGGCGGUGGGGAACGCGUCCUCUCUUGGGGUCACUUUUACUCUGGUCAGAGAGCUUGUGGUGGCUGCAACAUUUCAGCUGCUAAGGUACUUCAAGACCGCCUACUUGCCCGCGUACCCCCCGGUGCCACCCCACCGCCUGGAGGUGGGUGACGCCGCCUCUGUGGAACGAGAGCGUGAGCUGUAUGGGCCCAAGAAGAGAGGACCUAAGCCUAAAACUUUUCUCCUGAAGGCUCGGGCCCAAGCGGAGGCCCUCCACAUUGGGGAUGUACACUUUUCUGUCAAGCCUGGUUCUAGCACCUCCUCUCCCAAGCUCCACUCCAGCGCCGCGGUGCACCGGCUCAAGAAAGACAUCCGGCGAUGCCACCGCAUGUCCCGGCGGCCCCUGCCUCGUCCAGACCCCCAGAACGGUGGGAACGUGGGUGGUGGGGCUGGCAUCCGUCCUCCUGUCUCUCCCUUCUCGGAGACCGUCCGCAUCAUCAACCGUAAGGUUAAACCCCGUGAGCCCAAGCGCAGCCGCAUCAUCCUCAACCUCAAACAGGAGCUGCCAGCCCGCACCAAUGGCUCGUUACCCACUGCCCCGGCGCUCGCCCGCGAUGCCCUCCACACCAAGAUGGAGCAGCUGGAGGAGCAGCUCCUCUCCAAAAUCCUGACCCUGCAGAAGGAGCGCCAGGCCGCCAACACUGACCGCAGCCAGCAGCAGCACAACAUUGAGAAGGAGCUGAACUCCCUCCAGAACCGGGUGACGGAGCUGGAGCACGGUGAGUCCUGCUACAGUCCUCCUGAUGCUUUCAAGGUGACCAUCCCAGUGCAGAACAACUACAUGUAUGCCCGCAUGAAGAAGACCCUGCCGGAGCUCUACGCCUUCACCAUAUGCAUGUGGCUGAAGUCCAAGGCCCUGGCAGGACUUGGCACUCCUUUCUCCUACUCUGUCCCAAGCCAAGCCAAUGAGAUCGUGCUGCUGGAAUGGGGCACCAACCCCCUGGAACUGCUCAUCAAUGACAAAGUUGCCCAACUGCCACUGAGCCUGAAGGACAAGGCCUGGCACCACAUCUGUGUGGCAUGGACCACCCGGGAUGGCAAGUGGUCGGCGUACCAGGAUGGCGAGCAGCGUGGCGCCGGCGAGAACCUGGCCUCCUGGCAUGCCAUCAAGCCUCAAGGCGUCAUCAUCCUGGGCCAGGAGCAGGACACACUGGGAGGCCGCUUUGAUGCCACGCAGGCCUUCGUGGGGGAGCUGGCGCAGUUCAGCGUGUGGGACCACAUGCUGGCACCAGCGGAGAUCCUGGGCUUGGCCAACUGCACCUCCCACCUUCAAGGCAACGUGAUCCAGUGGGAUGACCAGGCGGUGGAGGUCUUCGGGGGCGCCAGCAAGGCGGGCUUUGCUGCCUGCGAGGAAGGGAGGAAGGCAUGA